AUGCCACCUUCGCCGCCAGGCUCAGAUUCCGACUAUGGGCAGAGCAAGCUCACCACGCCCAACCAUGCAACAAAGCUUCUGAGACGGCUUGCAGCAAUGACCUUCACUCACGCUCCCGUCACGCGGCUCGCGGUCUUGGGGCUCGUUUCGGCCUCGAUCGCCGCGAGCAUGCUCGACAUCAAGCAUUACUUCUACAUUCUCAUCGACACCCACCUCUGGCGAUACCGGCAACUCUGGCGCCUCCUGGCGUAUCAGCUGUGCUACACCAACUCGGCCGAGGUGCUCUUCGCCGCCAUGUCGUUGUACAAUCUCCGAGUCGUCGAGAGGUUCUGGGGGCCCCGGAAGUACGCGUCAUUCCUCGUCAUCGCCUUUCUCCUCACCGCCGUCGUGCCCCCCCUGAUCAUGGCCGUCCUGCGCCCGCUGUGGCCAGGCCUCUUCAACUACGUGCCGGCUGGUCCGACGCCCGUCAUCUUCGCCGUCCUCGCCCAGUUCUACGCCAUGGUUCCGCACAUGUACAAGUACCAGGUGGCCACCUCCCAGGCGCCGCCGACGAGCGAACCCUUCUCCGGCUUGACCUUCUCCGACAAGUCGUACCAGUACAUCAUCGCCUUUCACCUCUCCCUCCUGCAGUGGCCUGGCUCCAUCGUCGGCGCCGCCGCAGGCUGGCUCGUCGGCCACGCCUGGAGGGGCGGCGUGCUCCCCGCCCCGCUCGUCGCAUGGCGACUCCCCGGCUGGAUGGUCGGCCUCAGCUCGCAGCGACGAAGCGCCGAGUUUGACGGCCUGCGAAGGAGACUCGAGGUCGAGACGUUGGCCGCCGGCGUCUCUACCGGCGUCCAAGGCCAAGCCGACGCUUCCUUAACGGAAAGAAGACCGCUGCGGCAGCAGAUUGUUGACCAGUUCCGCGAAGCAUUGUAG